CCCCUACACACACACACCAGGGCUGGAUCACCAGGACCUGCUUGAGAGCGCUGCCUUCUCCAUCAUACCAGACAGCUGUGCUUGAGUGUGUGCUUGUGUGUCCCUACCUCAGCCUGCCUCACUCUCUUUCUCUCUCUUGAUUUUUCUCCUGUCCCUCUCUCUCUUUACCCCGUCCUUCUCUCUUUCCUUUCGCUCUGCCUUAGACACUGUCAUCCACUCCCACUUCUCUCUCUCCCCUCCCUCCUCCCUCUCUACCCCCCCCCCCCCUCCUCCCUCUCUUUCUCGGCUGUCCUUGACAGUGCUCUGUGGCAGAGCAGAGCUCUGUAGUGCUGGGUUGUGCAGGAGGAAGCAGGCAGCCAGCCUUUGCCCAGUGGAUACAUUCUGUUCUGUCUCUUCCAACGCUGCUGCCGUUACCCGGGAUACGCAUUCGGCCUGCCGUGCUGCCAGUGGAGACGAGGGCCUUAUGCCAGUCUGCCAUGUCGACUGAGUGCCAACCUAAGGGGAACACGUUUUAAAGUGCCCAUUGCGCCAUGUCUGCCACACAGCUGGAGGAGACAGAAAAUGUUUUUGACCUGAACGAGGCCAUCCCAGAGACAGAGCUGCUGGACAACAGCAUACAGAAGGGGCGUGCCCAGCUGUCCGUCAAAGCCAGGAGGCACCGCCCCUCUCGCUCUCGCUUCCGAGACAGUGUCAGCUCCACAGAGGGAGAUGACAGUCUGGAGAGGAAGUGUCUGGACAGCCCUCUGCACUCCGUCCGUUCCCCCCUCCACUCCACCCUGCGAGGAGGCUCCUCCCCUUCUCCUGAUUCGCUCCUCUCCUCGUCCUCCCCUUGUCCCACCUUACGGAGCCCCGUGUUCUCCUUCGACACCUCCUCCUUACGGCGCUCCCCGGAGGAGGGCGGGACCGGGUCGCCAGCCCCUCGGGGGCGGUACCGCCAGCUGACCAAUGCCACUUCUCAGGAGGCCCUGGUGACCACGCCCAACAGCUCUCCCUCCAAGUCAUGUCCCAGUUCGGACUGCUCGCCUGUUUACAUUCGACGGGCACGACGCCCAGACAGUGAGGUGUUAGUUUCAGAAGACAGUCGAGACACCAGCCCGGCUGACCCCGGCAACAACAGCCUUAUCUUCGACAAGAAGACCAAGAGGAGAUUCUUGGACCUGGGGGUCACGUUGAGACGCUCCUAUGUGAGGGUCAGAAAAGACAAGUCAAACAGACUGUCAAUGGGAAGCCGGGAGCCAUCUGAGAGCCCGUCCAGGUCCUCUGGCUCUUUCGUGCCUUUCUCCUGGUUCACUGACAGCACCAGGGGCUCUGUGUCGUCCGGGGCAACUCCCCCCUGCUCCCCCAAACUGGUCUCACAGGACUGCAGCCCCCGCAAGUCCAACUCCCAGGAGUCUGCCCUGAGUGAUGAGUUCUCACCGCCCCCCUGUAGUCCCCCUCACGCCUCCAGUGGGACCACAGCCGACUCGUCCUCCCGCUCCUCACAACGCUACCAGACCCUCUCCCAGUCCUCAGACGAGCCUAUAGACGAGCCACUGUGCCUAGUGUCGUCGUGGAGCACCCAGCAGGUGUGCCAGUGGCUGAAGGGGUUGAACAUGGAGCAGUACAUCCCAGAGUUCACUGCCAGGGACAUCGACGGGGAGCAGCUCCUCCUGAUGGAUGGCACCAAGCUCAAGGGUUUGGGAGUGAACAGUUCCACGGACCGCAGUGCACUGAAAAGGCGGAUCAAAGACAUUCACGCAGCAGCGGAAAAGGAGCGCAAGGCCCUGGACAAACUGGAACGCCAGAAAGAGAAGCAGCGCAAAAAGGAACAGGAGCUACGCAAGCUAAACACAAGCUAGACAUAACCACCAGAUGGCGCUAAAUCACCACAGAAAUACUCCUGACUAGAAACUGGUGUUGGUGCACAUCUCCAACUCCCACAUUAUCAUGAUAGCAUUGAUGCUAAGUGGAGUUUUGUGCAAAAAGUUGGAAUUUGCUCAUAGACUUUCGUACUGUACCUCUGGUUUGGAUGUGAGUCUUUGAACCCUGCGAUGGGCGACAGUGUGUUGUCUAUCACUGACACAUGAAUAAUAACAGAAUGAAAGCACCAUGCUCUUCUUGUCAAAUGGAUUUAUUUUAGACCAAGAUCGGAAGCCCAAAGUGGGCAUGUGAGAGGUAGGUCGCGAGUUAUGAGAAUACAUCUACAGUCACACACUAUUUAUUCUUAAUUUGGGUAGUUGGAGGACAAUUGGGUCACGGCAGGACUGUCAAUUUCUAAUUUGGGUCCAGAGGUGAAAAAGCUUAAGAACUGUUUUGGACCAAUCAAUCAGUGGUUGACACAACAUGAUAGGUCCCGCCCAUAUUGGGGUUCAGUUGUCUCAUUCUUCCUGGCUAUGAAACACGUGUUGUUCUUUGUCAGUCAUCAAGGUUAUCCUCCCUUGUGGAAAAAAAUCAGACUAAUAAUUUGUUACUGGAAUUGAGUAUGUGUUAUAAACUCAGCAAAAAAAUAAACAUCCUCUCACUGUCAACUGCGUUUAUUUUCAGCAAACUUAAUUAACAUAUGUAAAUAUUUGAAUGAACAUAAGAUUCAACAACUGAGACACAAACUGAACAAGUUCCACAGACAUGUGACUAACAUAAAUUUAAUAAUGUGUCCCUGAACAAAGGGGGGGUCAAAAUCAAAAGUAACAGUCAGUAUCUGGCGUGGCCAGCAGCUGCAUUAAGUACUGCAGUUCAUCUCCUCCUCAUGGACUGCACCAGAUUUGCCAGUUCUUGCUGUGAGAUGUUACUCCACUCUUCCACCAAGGCACCUGCAAGUUUCCAGACAUGUUUGGGGGGAAUGGCCCUAGCCUUCACCCUCCAAUCCAACAGGUCCCAGGCAUGCUCAAUGGGAUUGAGAUCCGGGCUCUUCGCUGGCUAUGGCAGAACACUGACAUUCCUGUCUUGCAGGAAAUCACGCACAGAACGAGCAGUAUGGCUGGUGGCAUUGUCAGUCCCACAAGCCAUCAUGUCAGGAUGAGCACCACAUGAGGGAGGAGGAUCUCUUCCCUGUAACACACAGCAUUGAGAUUGUCCGCAAUGACAACAAGCUCAGUCCGAUGUUGCUGUGACACACCACCCCAGACCAUGACGGACCCUCCACCUCCAAAUCGAUCUUGCUCCAGAGUACAGGCCUCGGUGUAACUCUCAUUCCUUCGAAGAUAAACGCGAAUCCGACCAUCACCCCUGGUGAGACAAAACCGCGACUCGUCACUUUUUGCCAGUCCUGUUUGGUCCAGCAAUGGUGGGUUUGUGCCCAUAGGCAACGUUGUUGCCGGUGACGUCUGGUGAGGACUUGCCUUAUAACAGGCCUACAAGCCCUCACUCCAGCCUCUCUCAGCAUAUUGCGGACAGUCUGAGCACUAAUGGAGGGAUUGUGCAUUCCUGGUGUAACUCGGGCAGUUGUUGUUACACGUGGCCUGCCACUGCGAGGACUGUCUCAGGCGUCUCACAGUACGGACAUUGCAAUUUAUUGCCCUGGCCACAUCUACAGUCCUCAUGCCUCCUUGCAGCAUGCCUAAGGCACGUUCACGCAGAUGAGCAGAAACCCUGGGCAUCUUUCUUUUGGUGUCUUUUUAGAGUCAGUAGAAAGGCCUCUUUAGUGUCCUAAGUUUUCAUAACUGUGACCUUAAUUGCCUACUGUCUGUAAGCGGUGUUUAAACCCUUUACAAUGAAGAUCUGUGAAGUUAUUUGGAUUUUUACGAAUUAUCUUUGAAAGACGGGGUCCAUGAAAAAGGGCCGUUUCUUUUUUUGCUGAGUUUGUGACUUCUACACACAUUCAAUGCAUUGACAAAGUCGCACUUUUCCCAUAGCUUUUGACCAUACACACAAACAGUACAUUCUAGCAAAUCACACACUAUGAAAACCUAACCAUGGUCUGAGUUAUUAUAGAAAGAAUAUAAUUACAGAAAUUGGCAUUUAUGUAUUUUUUACAAAGAAUAUAAUCACAGAAUUCAGUUUUUUUCAAACACUCAUAACCACAAGCCAGUAACACACAACCACAUUCAUAUUGUAGUAUGCAUCAAUACUCUCAGUGGACAGGAGUAAAACUUGAAGUAACAGGAAGAUUUGUCCAAGACAUUGUCAAGAUAAGAUGCUGAUGAAACGUGAUUUUUGAGCAUAUUUGUAUAUACUGUAUGUUUGUGGCGUACGUGCAUGUUUGUGGCGUAUGAUAUACUGUCUGUUUAUGUGUGUGUAAGUGUGCAUAUGUGCUAUCUGAGGUCAUUCUUUUGGUAACGACCGUAUGGGGAUGGGACUGGCUCUCCUGAAAGGAGUCUUCUGACGAGGCCACUUUAGAAUUCUGGCUGUUGUCAAUCUUUUGUCUACUCUCACGUUACACCAAUCGUCAUCUUAGCUGUUUUUGUCUUGAGAGUCUCCAACUUUUGGACCCUCCUGGAACAAGACAAGAAUGGCACCAAUCAUCUUUGGAGGAUUCAGGGCCCCGUAUAAGGACUGAUGCUGGGACAUGCUAUCCAAACCGUACCCCCAUUUUGCCCAGUUUUCACACUGAAUUCAUGGACUGGUUUGUGGUCAGAAGAACCAGUGACAAUGAUAUUAGCUCCAGGUUUUACACAUACAAGGUCUUUAGGACUUUAGCUUCUUGAUUUCCAUCCUCCCCAGGAUGCUGUGACUUCAUUUAUUUUCAACUCCUAUGUCAAAUGGAAAUGUGUAAUAAAUAUGGUUUAGAAUGCAGAAUGCA